CAUUUUGGUGUGCAGCGGUUCCGUGGUUCCUUGCUGGUGUCAAAUUACUUCCAGGCACAAACUUGUGAUGUGGCAAGAACGCUUUUAAACUAAAGUUUUUGCAUGCAGUUUUGGACAGUACCCGCGUCUCGUGGUUUUUAUGUAGAUAUUGUAAAAACCUUUGGGUUUAAUUAGCAAGCAGACGACGUGAUUUAAAUCUUGGAUAAUUAUCAGAAUGUUUUGGAAUUUUCUGCCAGUGGUUGGUUUGCUGGUAUUUUUUGUACCAAAUCCAUCAGAAUCCAAGUCCGGUAAUGGUCUUAUUGUUAUGACCGUCGCUACUUCCGAGACCGAUGGCUUCAAGAGGUUCAUGGCAUCCACCAAGAAAUACGGAUUAGAUGUCAAGGUUUUAGGUCUUGGUGAGAAGUGGGAUGGAGGGGAUGUGGCGAGAUACGCUGGUGGAGGACACAAAAUUAAUCUGCUGAUCAAUGGACUGAAGAAAUACAAGAAAAAGGAUAAGCAACUCAUUAUGUUUGUUGACAGUUAUGAUGUUGUCUUCACUGAUGGAGCACCAGCCAUCUUGGAAAAGUUCGUCAAGUUUGAUGCUCGUGUUUUGUUUUCUGCAGAAGGCUUUUGCUGGCCUGAUUCAAAACUUGCGAAAGAUUACCCUCCUGUAAAAAUUACUGAGAAGAGGUUUCUUAACUCUGGUGGAUUUAUUGGUUAUGCUAGUGACCUGUAUGAAAUUGUGACACACUCCAAAGUGAACAACAAAGAUGAUGACCAACUAUAUUACACCAAGAUCUUCCUAAACGAAUCACUCAGGGAUAAGUGGGCUAUUAAGCUGGACACAAGAUCUGACAUUUUCCAGAAUCUCAAUGGGGCUCUCGCUGAUACAAACAUCAAGUUCAAGGGAUCCCACAGUUACCUGUACAACCUUCUGUCGGGCACCACCCCCAUCGUCAUCCAUGGGAACGGACCAAUAAAAGUUGAGUUCAACCGGAUGGCCAACUACCUGGCUGAUGGGUGGACACAGAGCUCUGGCUGUCUGUCGUGUCAGGAGGAUACGAUCAGCUUGGAAGGCCUGAAGGAAUCCGACUAUCCGACUGUGGUGAUGGCUCUGUUUGUCGAACACAACACUGUUUUCAUCGAGGAAUACUUCCAACGGAUCUCUGAACUGAACUACCCUAAAGACAAAAUUGAUGUCUUCAUUCAUAACGGCAUGGUGCGGCAUACAAAAGAUGUAUCAAGAUUCGUAGAGAAAAACAAGGAUCUGUAUAAUUCCUUGAAUUCCAUCGGGCCGUAUGACGACAUUGUUGAAUCAAUGGCACGAAACUGGGCUGUGGAGGAGUGUAUAAAGAAGAGCUGUAACUAUCUGUUUGUUGUCGACUCGGACGCUCAGCUUGUGAACCAAGACACGCUGCAGGUUCUUAUUCAGCAAAACAGAACUGUGAUUGCACCAUUGUUGGUUCGUCCUGCCAAAUUGUGGUCAAACUUCUGGGGUGCCAUAGGUGACAAUGGAUUCUAUGCACGGUCAAUGGAUUACCAUGAAAUAGUGGAAUUAACCAAAAGAGGAUUGUGGAAUGUUCCUUUUGUAAGCAUCUCCUACCUGAUCCAAGGUCAUCGUUUGAAAGAGAUGAGGGACGCAUUUACAGAGUACGACAUGGAUCCAGACAUGUCUUUCUGCAGACUUCUCAGAGAACAGGGAACGUUUAUGUUUGUAACAAACCAAGUACAUUUUGGACACCAGACGAAUAGCGACGGUUAUGAUACAACACAUCUUCAUGAAGAACUUUACCAGAUCUUUGAAAAUGAGCUGGAUUGGAGUAAUCGCUACGUCCACGAGAAUUAUUCACGACAGUUAGAGGCAGGAUACGUCAAUGAACAACCGUGUCCCGAUGUGUUUUGGUUUGCUAUGUUCACACCUCAGUACUGUAAUCAACUAGUGGAGGAAAUGGAAAACUACGGCCAGUGGUCUGGUGGAAAAAACAAGGAUCCCCGUCUCCCCGGCGGAUACGAAAACGUUCCCACAGUCGAUAUUCACAUGCGUCAGAUUGGAAUGGAGAAACACUGGCUUCACUUUUUGAAAGUCUACAUUAUGCCGUUGCAGCAGAAAGAAUUCAUAGGAUAUUUUUCCGAUCCACCUACUGCGUUGAUGAAUUUCGUAGUGAGAUACCGGCCAGAUGAACAGCCAUUUUUGAGACCGCAUCACGAUUCAUCUACCUACACGAUCAACUUAGCUCUGAACAGAGUCAAUGUAGAUUUUGAGGGCGGUGGUUGCCGAUUCAUCCGCUACAACUGCAGCGUCACAUCCCUGCGACAAGGGUGGAUGUUCAUGCACCCUGGCCGUCUGACGCACUACCAUGAAGGACUCCACGUUACCAAGGGAACGAGAUACAUCAUGGUCUCCUUCGUGGAUCCUUAAAUCGGUGGCCGUUCAUGUACCAAAGAAUCUUUUAGUGAAGAAGUAACAAUCUGUUCACUAUGAUUGGUACUAAAUUUUAUAGCAAAUGUGUGUUGCUAUGGUAACACUGGUGUGAAAUAUGGUAGCAAAAGUGUGUUGCUAUGGUAACAUUAGUACUAAAUUUUCUUGUAGCAAGCACUGGUGCGAAAUAUUGUAGCCAAAGUGUGUUGCUAUGGUAACAUUAGUACUAAAUUUUCUUGUAGCAAGCACUGGUGCGAAAUAUUGUAGCCAAAGUGUGUUGCUAUGGUAACACUGGUGCACAAUAUUGUAGCAAACGUGUGUUACCAUAGCAAUACUGGUGCUUAAAAGAUACAGUUUGAUGAGGAUGUACUAUUCUUUGUAGAUCUAUGAAUACAGAGAGUAUUUGAAAAUUGGUGCUAAUAUUUCUACGGAAUAUACAAUUAAUGUGUUCAAUGUUUCAAUGAAAUGAUAAAAACCAAAAUAAUGUCUGAUUAAUCUUGUCUUUUAGUUAUUAUUAGCUGCUUUUUUGGAUUCUUAUAUCUAUUUUUUAAUGCCUCCUUCAUACAAAUAUGUUAUUGUAAUAUUGUUACUUUACAUAAAAUGUUAUUUUUUAUUUUGUGUGGCUUAACUAUAAAAUGGUCCUGUUCUCAUCCAAUCAUUCUUUAAAAAUGCCAAUUUUUUUAUUUAUUGUUGAAUAAAUAAAUUGUCUAAAUAGUAUUCGAAUGUUUGUUGUUUAGACUCAUUUUUAAUAGCAUAUUUAAACAUAAUAAAUUUUAUACUAUUACACUGGUUGUAGUUGUUUGCUUGAACAAUUGUCAGAAGGUCAUGUUCUGGACUCCAUUGUGUACAGAGAUACGACUGAAUAAUUGUGUUACUACUGUAUCUUACUAAAAUAGUGUAAAUGAGAUCUCUCACCACAAGUAGUUUUUGCAGCUAUGCAUUUAUUCCUUAUACAAACCACAUUGUUUAUUUUUAAAACCAAUAAUGCAAGCAGAUUGUAAAUAGAAGAAAUGUUUUUGGGGGAAGGGUAUACAUAGAUUAUAUCAAAUGUUGCUUUUUGUAAUGGGUGUUGGUUUCUGUAUCAUGUUUAUAUGUUUGUGAAAUAUCUUCUAUUAUUUAGGCAGAAGAUACUAAAAUUAAAGGCACUGAAUUAAAAAACCCAUAUGAAAUAUUUCAAAGACAUUUCAUUGAAUUCAAGUUAUAAAGGGACUCUAAGAAUUUUGUUUAAAAAAGAAGAAGAAGAUAUUGGGAACUAAAAUGAAGUUUGACCUAGUACAAAUUUUUAGAACAAUCAGAAAAGCAUUUAAUAUAUAGACAACAUUAAAGCAUGUGUAUGUUAAGCAUUUGUGUAGCCCUACUAUGUAACACAUGCUGCAAAUUUUUGCUACAACUGCUUUUAAACACACAUUUAUGAUUACUAUUUUUAUUGGUGUAAUUUAGAUUUUUCUAAACAAAACUAUAUUUUUAAUUUUUUUAUUGUAAACCUAGGGAAUCUGAUUAUUAUUAGGGAUCAACAUUUCUAAGCUGGACUGGAAAUGAAGAUAGGACCUUUAACAGUGGGGUUUUUUUUUCGUUUCUCAAGUUUUUUUGUUGUUGUUUUUUUAAAUGAUAAUACCGGUACAGUAGUUUAUUUAGAACCAAUGGUUAGAAAAAAACUUUGACCUCUUUGAAUUUAACAGGGUUUUUUAUUUUUUAUUUUUUUAUUAUUAUUAUAUUAACUAUAUAAUUUUCUUUUAAAAAUAAUGAUGAUAGUUUUGUUAUUAUUAUUAUUAUAAUAAUAUGCCUACAAUCAAAGGUCAUGCAACAAUAAACCAGGUUGUGAUUUAAUGAAUAAAAUUCACCAAAUUCAAACUUAAAUUGUGCAAAUAUUUUCAUAAUAAAUUUUCCCAAAAUACGUAUUUCAGAACUGGUUUGUAUAGACUGUUUUGUGUUUGAUGCAGACAAAUUGUCUACACACUUUCAUAUUGGCUAAAUUGCAAACAAUCUAUAGUUUUUCAAGUUACACUUUGGAAUUAAUUCUAAGUGUGAAUUUUAAAUCUGAGCUAGAUGUAAAAACUGUAGAUAAAUAGCAUUUCCUAGGUCUGAUACAUGUACCCAAAUUAUAUUUUCAGACAGAGAAGCUUUUUAUGUAUGUAUUAACAAACAAUGUAUACUUGUUUUACAUUCUGUGCCAAAUAUCUUGCUGUUGUGAAAAUGCUCAUAUACUUGUCUACUUAACAUUUACAUUAUAUACGUUCGCUUUACUGCCAAACUUACAGAUAUUAAUUCAGUAGUUAGAGAAUUCAGUCACAUUUCAGUCAACAGCCACCUGAAUAUAAAAAUGAUCUCUUUGGACAGGUGGCUGUUUAAAGGGACUGUCCCGAGUUUGCUUCUAUUGUGAGAUGUUGCUGACUGAUAAAAUAUUUUAACGAUGAAAAUUACAUUCUGAAUAUAUUUUCUUGUUUAGAAUAUCAGUGUCUGGAUAUUCAAUGUUUUUCUGGUCAUCAUCUUAAUUUGUGUACGUUUUCUUUCCACCUUUUUUUUUUAAAGUUGUGUUCACACUGUGCAACUUACAGUAACAAUAUACAGCAUGAAAGCGACAGUGUGUUAAGCAUUUAUAUAGGUCUACCAUGAAUCAUGUGCUGCAAAUUGAUUUGGUUUGCCAAUAAUUUUGUAGGUACAAAAAAAGAAGAACUAAAAUGAAUUUUGACCUAGUACAAAUUUUAAAACAAUCGGAAACGCAUACAAUAUAUAGAGACACUAGAUUAUUUUAUGCUGAAAAUAAAAUAUAUUUUAAAUGUGUAUUUUAGUCUGUUAUUCAGCAACAUCUUAACAAAACACAAAACUGAGUAUAGGUAGUACUAAACCAAAUAACUUCCGGCUGGGUCAAAGUCCGAGGUGCACCGAACUUUUGAUAGAGAAGUGAACACCACAAGUCCUGUGAUUGGUUAUAAAUGU